CCUACCUAAUACGUAGAUACCUCAAAAGAUCUUCCCUUCCUUGGAAAAGCAUAAAUACCUGUGUGCGUCUGUACAUGAGAAAUUUUUCUUUCUUCUCUUGUUUGAAUCAAUUCACUUUUUAUUAUCACAUCAAUUGAUCUUUUAUCAAGGGGGAUCUUAUCUCAACCCCUUAAAACAUAUUUCCUCCAUCAUCAAGAACUUCAAUUCAAUUCAACUCAACUCAAUUCAACUCAAUUCCUUUGAAAGGUCAACAACACACACAAUACGCACUUCCAAGACUUUUCUCUCCCUUCAAUCCAACAAAUCGCCCAUCACAAACUUCUCAAGAAUCACACAAUGUGUCCUUCCUGCGAACCCGAGCAGGCUUUAAAUACCAUUGCCGCUCAUGCGAAUGGCAAUGGCAAUGGCUCUACGUCCAAUGGAUCAAGCGAAAGUUCGCAUUCGACUCUCGAUCUCUAUGGUUCAUAUCAUCGCUAACUUUCAAUUCUAGCUCAUCCAGGAUAUACAGCAAUCGAGACCAAGAAGAACCCACAUCCAGCAAAGAGAGAGAAUCCAUAUCAACCAGUCGGCGACUUCCUUAGCAAUAUUUCGAGUUUCAAGAUUAUCGAGAGUACAUUGAGAGAAGGUGAACAAUUUGCCAAUGCUUUCUUUGAUACCGAGAAGAAGAUUGAAAUCGCCAAGGCUUUGGAUGAUUUCGGUGUUGACUACGUGAGUCAUUGCUCUUGUAUUGGCUUCGCACGGAAACCAUUUUACUGACAUGAGGCUCGCAGAUUGAAUUGACUUCACCCGCUGCUUCAGAACAAUCAAGAGCUGAUUGUGAAGCUAUCUGCAAGUUGGGAUUGAAGGCUAAGGUUGGUACCACUAGCUUUCGCACAACCAAUGACACACUCAUACUAACUUCUAUAGAUUCUUACUCACAUCAGAUGUCACAUGGAUGAUGCCAGAAUCGCAGUUCAAACUGGUGUUGAUGGAGUGUAAGUUGCGCUUUCUCUCCAGACAAAGAUUUAUUUUCUAACAUGUUCCAGUGAUGUCGUUAUCGGUACCUCAUCUUAUCUCAUGGAACAUUCCCACGGAAAGGAUAUGACCUACAUCAAGAACACCGCAAUUGAAGUUAUCGAAUUCGUCAAGUCACACGGCAUCGAAAUUCGAUUCUCUUCGGAAGAUUCCUUCCGUUCAAACCUCGUCGAUCUCCUCUCCAUUUACUCCACCGUUGACAAGAUUGGUGUUAACCGUGUUGGCAUUGCCGAUACUGUCGGAUGCGCUUCCCCAAGACAGGUUUACGAUUUGAUCAGAACUCUUCGUGGUGUCGUUAGCUGUGAUAUCGAAACACAUUUCCACAAUGACACUGGUUGCGCUAUCGCAAAUGCAUACUGCGCUUUAGAGGCCGGCGCUACUCACAUUGAUACCUCCGUUUUGGGUAUUGGUGAGAGAAAUGGUAUCACCCCUCUUGGUGGAUUAAUGGCCCGUAUGAUUGUCGCAGACCGUGAAUACGUCAUGGGCAAGUACAAGCUUCACAAGCUCAAGGAUAUUGAAGAUUUGGUUGCACAAGCCGUCGAGGUCAACAUUCCUUUCAACAACUACAUUACUGGUUUCAGUGCUUUCACUCACAAGGCUGGUAUUCACGCCAAGGCUAUUCUCAACAACCCAUCGACCUAUGAAAUCAUCAACCCAGCCGAUUUCGGUAUGACCAGAUACGUUCACUUCGCUUCAAGACUUACUGGAUGGAACGCCAUCAAGUCUCGUGCUAAUCAACUGAACAUCGAAAUGAGCGAUGAACAAUACAAGGAGUGCACUGCUAAGAUCAAGGCCCUUGCCGAUAUUCGAUCCAUCGCAGUUGAUGAUGCUGAUUCAAUCAUUCGUGCUUUUCACAGACAAACCAAGACUGGUAAGGCCGUUGAGCUUUUGCCAAACAUGACUGAGCAGGAGAAAAAUUUGUUGGCCCAGAAGGAAGCUGAAAUUGCUGGAGUCCCUGAGAAGCGCAAGUUGGAUGAGGUUGCCGAGGGUCAAGCUAAGAGGGCUAGAAAUGAGGUUUCCGCAUAAAUGAAGAGAGGAAAGGAUGAAAUCUGAUUUGGACCAAGUCUAUUCUGUUAGGGGGUAGCUGAAUUCUUCCCAGACAAGGCGGAUCUAAAGGAAAGUAGUUGAAAUCUUCCUAGAUCCUGGUUCAAAGAUGAUGGAAAUUUUCCUCGUGGAUUCUUCAUCUAUGGGAACAAAAUGGCGGGCUGAAAAGUUGCUUGAGCUAUUUGAUAUUUCUUUCCUUUUUUUUGUUGAUUCUUUCGACAGCUAAAGACAGGUUCGCGGGAUAUACAAUUCUUGCGAGGUUUGCUUUGCGUUGAAUGAAUAUCUAUUCAAGGGUGUGUUACAGCAUACAGUGGGUAUGAGAGGAUAGAAGGGAGGGAGCAUGUAUUGCUUAUUCGAUAGUCUGAAAAUACAAUACUAUACAUGGAUUUACU